AUGGCCCAUCCCCUGUUUUUUCUCAUACUCAUCACACUCUACAUUUCACAUCCCUCAUCAUCAUCACAAAUGCUCCUAUUACCUCUCACACACUCCCUCUCCCAAUCCCAAUUCAACACCACCCACCACCUCCUCAAAUCCACCACCACCCGCUCCGCCGCUCGCUUCCACUUCCACCACCACAAACAACGCCAACACCAACUCUCACUCUCACUCUCACCAGGAUCAGACUACACACUCUCCUUCAACUUCGGCCACCACUCCUAGUCCCUACAACCCAUCACACUCUACAUGGACACCGGCAGCGACCUCGUCUGGUUCCCCUGCGCCCCUUUCAACUGCAUCCUCUGCGAAGGCAAACCCAACCCCUCUUCCUCUUCUCCCCCAUCCAACAUCUCCCAAAGCGCCGCCGUUUCCUGCAACUCCCCUGCUUGCUCCGCCGCACACAGCACCACCAUCCCUUCCUCCUCCGACCUCUGCGCAAUCGCUCACUGCCCCCUCGACUCCAUUGAAACCUCCGAUUGCGCCAAAUUCUCUUGCCCGCCAUUUUACUACGCCUACGACGAUGGAAGCUUCAUCGCUCGUCUCUACACAGACACACUCUCCCUCUCUUCUCUACUUCUUAAGAACUUCACCUUUGGCUGUGCCCACACCGCCCUGGCCGAACCCACCGGCGUCGCCGGCUUCGGUCGCGGCCUGCUCUCCCUCCCUGCUCAGCUCGCUACCCUUUCCCCCCAUCUUGGGAACCGGUUCUCUUACUGUCUUGUUGCUCACUCGUUCCGCCCGGAGCGAGUCCGGCGACCAAGUCCGCUCAUCCUCGGCUGCUACGAUGAAGACGACAGGGCUGGUGGUGGUGGCGAAGUGGCGGCGUUUGUUUACACGCCGAUGCUUGAGAACCCGAAGCAGCCCUAUUUCUACUGCGUCGGGCUCACCGGAAUCUCCGUCGAAAAAACCAUCAUUCCUGCACCGAAGAUGCUGCGGAGGGUUAACCGGAGGGGUGACGGCGGGAUAGUUGUGGAUUCCGGCACAACGUUCACGAUGCUGCCGGCGGGGUUUUAUAACUCGGUGGUGGCCGAGUUCGACCACCGUGUCGGGCGAGUCAACACUCGCGCGCGGGGGGUUGAGGAGAGAUCGGGGCUCGCGCCGUGCUAUUACUUCGAUGCGGCGGCAGAGGUUUGGGUUCCGGCGAUGACGCUGCAUUUUGCGGAGGGGAAUUCGAGUGUGGUGCUGCCUAGGAAGAAUUAUUUCUACGAGUUUUUUGACGGUAGCGAUGGGGCGAAGAGGAAGCGGAAGGUGGGGUGUUUGAUGCUGAUGAACGGUGGAGAUGAGGUUAAAUUUGACGGUGGGCCCGGGGCUGUACUUGGGAAUUAUCAACAACAGGGAUUUGAAAUUGUGUAUGACCUGGAGAAGAAGCGCGUGGGGUUUGCACGGAGGAAGUGCGCGUCGCUUUGGGAUAGACUGAACCGUGAGAAGAACUAGUGUAGUCCCGCGCACACUGGAUCCUUUUUCCCCUGAGUAUAGUCACGGGUGGGGUCUUU